CCCCGGCAGUUUACUUGUCAGUCAUUUAUCGUUUGCUUACCAGUCUUCAGUGUGCGGUAGUUGUAAUUCAUACUCCUGUCGCCGGCUUUGUGUUUUUAAUGCAUGGCUUUUGCACAAAUUCAAGCUGACAUCUCUCCACAUCAACGAACUCCAAGACAGCCUGCGGACCACAUUCAUUUGGGUAAACAUCAUGGGCAGUUGAGACAAAUAGGCAAGUUAUCUGCUGUGUGGAGGACAGAAGGUUAGCACUUCCCCGGAGCAUCACUCCUCUCUUCACAGUCUCAGUCCAGCAAGUUUUCAGCACCAUGGCUGAAGAAGACUAUGGCAGAUUUGUGGACUGGAACCAGAUGGGGGAUCUGUCCAAGAGCAGCGGGCCGACCAAGGUAGACUGUAAAGACCUGAAAGAGUUCAAACUGAUGGCGCGGCAGGGUUACUGGGCCAAAAACCACAAACUACGAGCGCAAGUCUACCAGCAGCUCAUCAAAGCCAUUCCCUGUCGUACAGUUACCCCAGAUGCAGAAGUAUAUCGUGACAUUAUGGGAAAUGCAGCAACUAAGACGCCCUCCUCCCACAUUCCACUUCCAGAGUUUGUGGAUGGAAGUCCUGUGCCACGGUACUGCCUGAAGGCAGAGGCAGUAGCCUCAGCCCAUCAGAUUAUCAACUGCGUGGCUGGACAGUUUCCAGACAUCUCCCACUGCCCGUCACUACCGGCUGUUACUUCAUUGCUCCUGCACUUCAGCGUAGACGAGGCUCAGUGUUUCGAGCUGGUCAGCCGCAUACUGGCCUGCAACGAGCCCGGCAAGCGACUGCUGGAUCAGACUUUCCUGGCCUAUGAGUCUAGCUGCAUGACUUUUGGUGAUCUUGCCAACAAGUACUGCCCAGGCGGCCACAAACUGAUCGUGGCCACAGCCCAGGAUGUGCUUGAAGUCUACGCAGACUGGCAGCGCUGGAUACUGUUUGACCUGCCUUUCAGCCACAUGGUCAGGGUCCUUGAUGUCUACCUGGUGGAGGGCUACAAGGUUCUCUUCCGUGUGGCUAUAGCCUUGCUCAAGUUCUAUCGCAAGCAUAAAUCGGGGAGCCAGGGAGGCCAGGGCAGCCAGCAGCAGGAAUCAGACAAAGUUAGGGACGACAUUCAAGCGUUUGUCAAGGGCAUCGCCUCCACCGUCACACCCGACAAGUUGCUAGAGAAGGCCUUCUCCAUCCGUAUGUUUAGCCGUAAGGAGAUCACCCUGCUGCAGCUCACAAAUGAAAAGUCCCUGCAGCAGAAAGGAAUCACUGUCAAACAAAAGCGGCGGAACGUGCAGCUGGCACUUAACCCUGACACCUUCUCCUCGGAGAUUGUCAGUGCCAAGGAGAUGCGGGACAUCUGGUCGUGGAUCCCUGAGCGUUUUGCCCUGUGCCAACCACAGCUCCUCUUCACCACCUCCAGCCAUGGUUGCAGCCUGAACAGAUUUUACGCUCAUUGUGAAGGCUACGAACCCACUCUGCUCCUCAUCCGGACCAUAGAUGGUGAUGUAUGUGGAGCCUUCCUGUCCUCAGACUGGGCGGAGCGGAAGAGAGGAGGCAACAAAUUGAGCUUCUUUGGCACAGGGGAGUGCUUUGUCUUCAGGAUGAAGCCAGAGAUGGAGCGCUAUGAGUGGGUGGUGAUCCGCCACCCUGAGUUAGCCUCCUCCAGCAAGACUCCGGGCCAGGAGGACGCAGCCUCCUCUGACGGGCAAAACUCCGACAACAACUGCUUACAGCAGGCGGAGAAACCUGCUGGAGAUCUGUCGCCCUUCCUCUCCGCCCACCACUUCAACCUCAACUCCAAGAAUACUUCCAUGUUCAUGGCUGGCAACUUUGACUCCAUUAUAGUGGGAGGAGGGGACGGCAACGCUCUCUACAUCGACUCUGAGCUCAACCAUGGGCGCGCUGGCCGGUGCGCCACCUUCGACAACCCGCCGCUGUGCGCGGAGAGCUUCCAGGUUUCACUGCUAGAAACGUGGGGCUUCCAGGACGCCAUGGCCUCAUAAUGUUGUCCACAUAACACAUGCAUGUAGAUCCAUACAGGCAUAGACGCACAUUCAUGCGCACACAUGUUGUAUGCGAACAGAUCUACGUCCGUCCUGCAAAUUCAUAUAUGAUUAAUUAUUUUUUAUUUAUUGAUGCUGAACAGAAAUGUGAUAUUUUUAUUUGUUUUCUGUUUAUUUUUGUAUUUACAGAUUUGUAUUAUUGUGUGCUAAUUAUCGAAACUUGUCUUGUAAUAUGAAAUAAGUCAGAAACCGAUAUAAGGUUCAUUCAGAAGGUUUCUUUUCGGCUAUUGUUCGGUCAUGUUCGUGCUAUUGCAGUCUUUUAUGUUCUGUGGUUUCUCUCAAUCUGCCAAAUUGACCGUAUAGCGAUCUAUGCAGUCCUUAAAGAGCAAAAACAAAAACAAGAGGUCUUUCCCAGGCCAAAUAUGAUCAAAUAUGUGAGAUUUGAUUUGGUGUGAUGCGAUUAAGAUUAAGACGUAGUGAAGUCCCAAGUCCGUUAACUCUCCCCCCCCCCCCCCCCCCCCCGAUCGCCUGUGUACAUGUUGCAGAUCUG